AUGUCAAGCUCGAGAGUGAUCCUCAUUGCCCUAACCAUGGUGGUGGUGACACUGGUCACCACCACAAAGAGAGCAGAAGGUGCUCGCGCUUUCUUCGUGUUCGGAGACUCAUUAGUUGACAGUGGCAACAACAAUUACCUCCCAACCACCGCACGCGCCGACUCUCCUCCCUACGGCAUCGACUACCCCACCCACCGCCCCACUGGUCGCUUCUCCAACGGCUUCAACCUCCCUGACCUAAUCAGCCAGCAUAUAGGAUCUCAACCCACGCUACCAUACUUGAGCCCUGAAUUAACCGGACAAAGGCUCUUGAUCGGGGCGAAUUUCGCUUCCGCAGGGAUUGGAAUCCUUAACGACACCGGCUUUCAAUUCGUGGGGAUACUGAGAAUGUUUCAGCAGUUUGCGUUGUUCCAGCAGUACCAGGCGCGGUUGAGUGCGGAGGUGGGGGAGGCGCGGGCGAAGAGCGUGGUGAAUGGGGCGCUGGUGCUGAUGACGCUGGGCGGAAACGACUUCGUUAACAACUAUUUUCUGACUCCUGUGUCUGCCAGGUCUCGUCAAUUCACUGUCCCUCAGUACUGCCGAUACCUAAUCUCUGAGUAUCGAAAAAUUCUGGCGAGGUUGUAUGAGUUGGGAGCUAGAAGAGUGCUUGUAACUGGAACUGGUCCAUUGGGUUGUGUUCCUGCUGAACUUGCUAUGAGGAGUAGGAAUGGAGAGUGUGUACCUGAGUUACAACAAGCUGCACAAAUUUUCAACCCACUUUUGGUCCAAAUGAUCAGAGAUCUCAACUCCCAACUAGGCUCUGACGUUUUUGUUGCUGUCAAUGCCUUCCAAAUGAACAUGAACUUCAUCACCGAUCCUCAAAGAUUUGGUUUUGUUACAUCAAAGAUAGCAUGUUGUGGUCAAGGUCGUUUCAACGGGCUAGGAUUAUGCACUGUAGCAUCAAAUUUGUGUCCAAAUCGUGACACAUAUGCAUUUUGGGAUCCAUUUCACCCAUCUGAACGUGCUCUAGGGUUUAUUGUCCGAGACAUCUUUAGUGGAACCUCUGACAUGAUGACCCCAAUGAAUCUCAACUCUCUACUAUUGCAAUAA